AUGGCUAAAUCAGUUAAAGAUAAGAAGGUGGAUAAGAAAGCUGCCGGUAAGAAGGAUGCUAAACCAGCCAAGGUUGAAAAAAAGGUAGACAAGAAGAAGAGCAAGAAGGAAGAAAGCUCGUCUGAAGAAGAAGAAGAAGAAGAAGAGGACAGUUCCUCAAGCUCAUCCGACUCAGACUCGGAUUCAUCAUCUAGCUCAUCAUCUAGCUCAUCAUCCAGCUCAUCAUCUAGCGACUCGUCAAGCGACUCGUCAAGUGAUGAAUCUUCUUCAGACGAAGAAGAAGAGGAAGAAGUCAAGGAGGAGGUCAAGGUUGCCAAAAAGGAAGAGAGUUCCGACUCAAGCUCUCCAUCUAGCAAAUCAUCAAGUGAUGAAUCUUCAUCAGACGAAGAAGAAGAGGAAGAAGAACUGAAAGAGACCAAGAAGGAAGAAAGCUCCGACUCCAGUUCAUCAAGCCUGAGCUCAGAAUCUGAUUCCGAUUCCGAUAGCUCAAGCUCAAGCUCGAGCUCAUCAUCAUCAUCAUCAUCAUCGUCAUCGUCAUCUGACUCUGACUCUGACUCUGACUCUGACUCUGAUUCCGACUCCGACUCUGAAGAAGAAGAAGAAGAAGGAGAGGAGGAAGAAGUCAAGGAAACACCAAAGAAGCGUAAGAUUGAAGAAACUGAAUCGACAGCCACUCCACAAUCCAAAAAAGUUAAAUCAGAAUCUUCAUCAUCAGCUGCUACCUAUGAAGAGCCUGCCACCAUUUUUGCUGGUAGAUUAUCAUGGAACAUUGAUGAUGAUUGGUUAAAGAGGGAAUUUGAGCAUCUUGAAGGUGUCAUUGGCGCCAGGGUCAUUAUGGAGAGAGACACUGGAAGAUCCAGAGGUUAUGGAUACGUUGAUUUCACUUCUAAGGCAGCUGCUGAAAAGGCAAUUGCUGAAAUGCAAGGUAAAGAGAUUGAUGGUAGACCAAUCAAUUUGGACAUAUCAACUGGUAAACCACAUGCCGCCAAGUCUAACAAUGAUCGUGCUAAGCAAUAUGGUGAUCUGCAAUCCCCACCAUCUGACACUUUGUUCAUUGGUAACUUGUCAUUCAAUGCCAACAGAGAUAAGUUGUUUGAGGUAUUUGGUGAAUAUGGUAGUGUUAUCUCAUGUAGAUUGCCAACUCACCCAGAUACUCAACAACCAAAAGGAUUCGGAUACGUACAAUUUAGUUCUGUUGAUGAGGCCAAAGCCGCUUUGGAAGCAUUGAAUGGUGAAUAUUUAGAAGGAAGACCAUGCAGGUUGGAUUUCUCUACUCCUAGAGACAACAACAACGGUGGUGGUGGUAACUGUGGAGGAAGCCGUGGUGGAUUUGGUGGUGGUAGAGGCGGUGGAUUCGGUGGACGUGGUGGAUUCGGUGGAAGAGAAAGAUCAGCUACUCCAAGUGGAACACCAAGAAAAUCUGCCGGUGCCGAAUUCAAAGGAACCAAAAAGACUUUUGAUUAA